UGCCUCGGUGUGCGAGCUUCAUUCCAGUGUUGAGCUCUCUCCGGAACCGUCGCUCCGUCCGUCUGCUGCUCUUCCUCUUGCUGUGCCUCUCUGCGCCGAACAGACCGAGUCCCGGAGCAUCAUGGGAGUGGAAGGCUGCACCAAAUGCAUCAAAUACCUGCUCUUCUUCUUCAACUUCAUCUUCUGGCUCACCGGAGGUGUAAUCCUGGGAGUGGCCCUGUGGUUGAGACACGACCCCAAGAUCUCCACCCUGCUGGGUCUCGAAUAUGAUGGAAACCACGCCCCCAGCACCUUCUACAUCAGUGUCCACAUUCUGAUCGCGGUCGGCGCGGUGAUGAUGGUGGUCGGCUUCCUCGGCUGUUACGGCGCCAUCCAGGAGUCGCAGUGCCUGCUGGGAACUCUGCUGCCUCUGCUGGACGUUAGGGGAACUGCAGCUGUGGUGCUUGUUUGGCCCUGUCGGAGGUUUCCAGGUCUUUACUGUGUUGUCUUUGUGUUUCAGCUGAGCUGCUGCGGUAAAGGCACAGGCACUAACGUCCUUACACAGUUCACAGACAAGUUUGGAUUGACCAAUAUUUGCCCCAGUAAUACAUUCACGAACUGCCACGACAGAAUCAACGAGCUGUUCCACGAUAAGAUUUACCUGAUCGGCAUCGCCGCGCUGGUGGUCGCCGUCAUUAUGAUCUUCGAGAUGAUCUUCAGCAUGGUGUUGUGCUGCGGGAUCCGCAACAGCCCCGUGUACUAAAGCGCCGGGGCUCCGGCCAACGAACGAGGAGAGGACGACCUCGCCGUCUCCUUCGUUUGUUUGUUUUUUAUAACCAGGAAAUGCCACAUGUAUUGCUUGCUGGAUUUUAGUCAGCUGUUAAAGACAAUAUCCUGUUUUUCUUACACUGUCAAAGAUCAUUUUUUAUUGUUAUUUUUGUUAGUCACAGAUGCUGUUUUGCAUAUUAGAGCAGUGUUUAAUGUAGAUAUGCUGUCACACUGUCACACCGUCGAGGUGCUGUAAUCUGAUUAGUUUACUGCUUUCCUGCCU